CAGGCAUGACCUAAGUAACUAAUGUUUGCUUGUCACUUUUGAUGUUUCGACUGAAGCUCAGAAAAGACCUUUUUCUCUCUCUCCGUCUCCGACGAUGGCUACCGGUGACCAGAGCAAGAAGAGGAAGCAGCGUUAUCUCCCUCAGAAUAGACCAGCUAAGAAGAAGGGAGCAUACCCUUUGAAGCCAGGUGUGCAAGGUUUCUUCAUCUCGUGCGAUGGCGGACGCGAAUACCAAGCUUCUCAGGAAGCUAUUAACGUCAUUGAUUCCUUUUUUGAGGAGCUAAUACAUGGGACUGGCUUGAAAAUGAAUUCUUCUGGGGUGCUCGAGAACCCAAUUAACAAAAAGGUUACGUUUUCCUAUAGCGAGGAUGAGGAUGAGGAUGAAGAGGAAGAUGAUGAUGACAAGGAAGAGGAAAACAAAGAGGAGGCUGGUGGGGAUAAGGAAGAAGUGAAAGAAGGCGGUAAUGAUCAAGUGGUUGAGACUGAGAAAGAAUUAGCAAGCCAAGAAGGUUCAUGUGAUGUCAAACAGUUAGCAGAAACUGUGACUGAAAAGGACGAAGAAAAACAAAAGAAUAUUGUUGAAGAACCUCCAAAAAAGAAGCCAUGUGUGGAAGAAGCAUCAGCAAAAGUAAACGGAAAUGCAGAGAAGUCCAUUGAUAAGCUUAUUGAUGCUGAACUAAAAGAGCUUGGUGACAAGAGCAAGAGACGGUUUAUGAAGUUAGAUCCUGGUUGCAACGGUAUUGUCUUCAUCCAAAUGAAAAGGAGAGAUGGUGAUCCAAGUCCCAAAGACAUUGUACAGCAUGCAAUGACUUCUGCUGCUGCAACAAAAAAACAUAUGUCAAGGUUCAUCCUAAGAAUUUUACCGAUUGAAGUGGCGUGUUACCCUUCAGAGGAAGAGAUUUCAAGAGCCAUCAAGCCUCUUGUAGAACAGUAUUUCCCCGUUGAGACUGAUAAUCCCCGGAAAUUUGCUGUGUUGUAUGGAGCACGUGCAAACACAGGCCUUGAUAGGAUGAAAAUAAUAAACACGGUUGCUAAAUCUAUUCCUGCCCCUCACAAAGUUGAUUUGAACAACCCGGAGAUGUCUAUCGUGGUUGAAAUUGUUAAGACAGUGUGCUUAAUUGGGGUGGUGGAGAAGUACAAGGAGCUGGCAAAGUACAAUCUCAGGCAGCUCACGUCAACCAAGUGAUGCAACUUCUGCUAUGUUUUGUUUCUCAAGACUAAGAUGCUAUGUGUUUUUUCACUGGUAGUGUCAUAAGACUCUUCUGAUUUAAACUUUUUCAAAUGGUUGAAGUUUGUCUUUGGAUCCUACAUUGUCUGAUCAAUAAACAUUUUUCUCAGA